ACAUUGUGCAACGUUAUUACGCCCAUUUCUGUGGAGCUGGAGUUGAUGCGCCCUGCAGCUCAGGGCGGGGGUCUUUAGUAUUCGUGUCCCACGGGUGCGCAGUGUUGUCAGCCACAGAGCCACGUCAGGCCUGAAGCAACCGAUCGCCUUCUGCCGCCCCUCCAAGGUUAGAGCCGGACGCGCGCACAGAAGACAAAGACGCCGGGACCCGAACCCCAACCUGCGAUGGCGGGAUCCAAGUAAAGACGUCUGCAUCUCCUCUCCUCCCGAGCAGGAGCCUGGAAGUGUCACGUCGCCGUGACAUUGUCGAUUUGGAGAGAUCGUUAUCCCCCAGCGCUGGAUGGAAACGCGCAAUCGUGAAAAUGGUCGCAGAGUGUCCGUGAAAGCGUUUGCUUCCUCCUGACAUCAGAGAAGACGCCGCAGCAAGCUCGACUCCUGCUUGGGUGUGAAGUGCUCACUGUGCACCAGAGCUGUUGGAGUGAAGGCUCGUCUGGGAGAACAUUUGCCUCCUUUUGUACAUUAAGAGGAAGGACGGCGACAAACUGCAAACCGAGGAGCAACCCAGCUCGUCUUUGGCUGGCAGAAGGGGGAACCGAGCCUGAACGGAGGAGAGGAAAAGGUGAACGGUGAGGUGCAGGAGGAGUGGAGUUUUUGUUUUUUUUAAUAGGGGGAGGGAAUCACAGAAAAAUCGUUCAGUCUUUGGGGCUGUUUAAAUAUUGGAUGUGUAUGCAUGAGUUCUGCAUCGAAUGGGCGCAAAAAUCGCCCCAGAUCCACCGGGAACAUCUUCCAGAUCGGAAAGCCUCCUCAUCGAGACCCACAGAGGAGGGAGAGCACCGAAAGUACCCGCAAAGCCCAGCGCGCCGUGGCCGACUGCAGAAUGAUCGUCCAAGAAUUCAAUACACUCGUGGCUCUGUAUCGUGAGCUGGUCAUCUCCAUCGGGGAAAUCACUGUGGACUGUCCGUCCUUACGGGCCGAAAUGCUCAAGACCCGAACGAAAGGCUGCGAGAUGGCAAGAGCGGCUCACCACAGCCUCUCCCUGAUCUCUGGACCAGAGGAUGGGGAAAUCCACCCCGAGAUCUGCCGGCUGUUCAUCCAGCUUCAGUGCUGUCUGGAAAUGUACAUCACAGAAAUGCUGAAAUCUGUCUGCAUGCUGGGAUCCUUACAGCUCCACAUGAAAGGUAAAGAUCCAUGCGGCCCGCCAGGCGUUGACAGUAAGACUGAAGACUCCGACAUACCCAUCCUGGAGGACACUUCGUCCUCACCGACGGAUUGUUCUCAGCUCUGCUGGGUGUUAGCCAAUGACAUAGAGAACAUAGAAAAGGAUAUGAGAGAGAUGAAGAACCUUCUCAGUAAACUCAGGGAGACAAUGCCUUUACCACUGAAGAACCAAGAUGACAGCAGUUUGCUGAAUCUGACUCCCUACCCACUUGUCCGACAGAGGAAGAGGCGGUUCUUUGGGCUCUGUUGCCUGGUAACCAGCUAAGGGCCCCACCUUCAUAUGUAGGAGGAGGCAACAAAGACGCCAUUGCCCACUGUCCAUCACCACUUGUGUCUCCACCAAUCUAUUACUGCCAUGCUCAGAUCAAGCGUCUCCCCUUUUUCUUUCAAAAGCUAGCCGUUUUCUAAUUUUAUUUUGUAAUACAAAGAACUGUGAGUGCUAUGUAAUGUAAAAAAAAAGUCUUCAUCAUAUAUUUGAGCAUAUUUUGGAGAAGGUUUUCCUGUUUUUUAGUAAUUAAACUUAUACCUGCUUGUCUAUCAUGAAAGAAGCUUCAAACCCGACAUGUCUAUGCUCAAUUGCUUCCACAAUCCAGAGCAAACGGCACACAGAUUCAUGUUUAAAAAGGGAAUAUUAAUGUAUGUUUUGUCAGAAAUAAUGUAAUAACUUCUGUACAUGCCAAUAUGAAGACGGCAUUUGCAAUGAUAAACGUAAAAGUUUUAUUUGUGGAUGACAUUUCUGUCCAAAAGAGGUUUGUGUGCACCACAGUCUCUGUUUUCUGUUUCUUGCUGUUUUCCUCUUAAUGUACUUAAUUUAGUCUUCCAUAAACCAAGAACCUUUAUUCAACUUUCCAGCUUCAGAGAAGAAUAUAUAAUACGUUACUCAAAGGGAAACUCCUUUGCACACUAAAGCUAUCUAUGAACUGAGGCGGUAGAAUUGUAUAUAUACAUACACAAUGCUCUGAGUUAUUUUCAAAUUUGGAGGUGGAUUGCAAAAGAAUGUGUUUGUCUGUGUGUACAUGAAGGAUCCUGGUUGUUUGGAGGAAGUUCUUCAAUACUAUGAUUGGAGAGAAGAGUGGUUUAUGAUGAGGAGGAAAAAGGAUAGAAAAACUGUAAUAGGUCAUUUUACAUUGUUAAUAAAACUUUUGUUAUUGAAACCA